GCAUACCCAUGUGACGAUUUUGGCCGGUAUUUUAUCCUUUAGGUUCAUUAUUCUUUGAGUUCUUUCCUAUUAUUUACACCAAAACGAAAGUACAUUUCCCGCGAACAAGCAUUCGACCAUUCGUGAGUGCGGUCGUCCGGGUAUUGUGCGUUUUGUGUAUCGACUGUGCAUAUUUGUAACGGAGACAGUGCUAUAAGAUUUGUGCGCUAUGAUUCUGGACGGGUUUGACGAGAGUUAUUCCGGCAAAUGGCGGCAGGUGAAACAAGAAGGGCUUGAUGCGUUUUUAGCAGCAAAUGGACUUAAUUUCGUGAUCCGGAAAUUCGUGCUGCUGUUCAAUACGACCAUGGAGCUGACCCGCGAGGGUGACAGCAAGGUCAAGGUCGUCAUGAAAACAGGAAAGACGAUAGAGGCCGUCAUGGACUUCUCACAGGAGUACGAGGGCGAUGACGGAUUUGAUAACAAAAUUAUGGUGAAGGCCACGUGGGAACCGUCAACAAAGAAAAUGAUUGCCGAGACCACACCCAUUGAGGGAUCAAAGGCCAAACGUUCCAUCGUAGAGAAAAGUCUCAUGCCAGACGACAAUAACAUGAUGCUGGAAGUGAUGAUAUUACCCGAUGACAAAAUUUUAUGCAAGCGAUAUUUCAUGAAGGAGAGCAUGCCGUAACCUGCUUCCAACUUAGGUUUACUUCAUUUUCAUAGCAUUAUGUUACGUCAUUGAUACAUGUAUUGUGUUACGAUUCAAUUGAGAUUGUAUUGUUAAAACGCGUUAGCAUGUCAUCAAUAAAAAAUACAAGUUCAAUCAUU